AUGGCUAACGAAUCGGAAGUGCUAGACAUGAUGGUGAGUGAGCAAGCCCGUGGGAGGGAGGCCAUUCCCACCAAGGAGAGGCGAAGAGGCAAGGACAAGUCUGUGGACGUUAGUGGAACUAUGGAGCCACGCCUAGCUCGGGUGGAGCUAGCAACGGCCGAGGUGAAGGAGCGCCUCGAUGUAGUGGAGCAAAGUGGGGAGGAGCUCGAAGACCACAUGAUAGAGCUCAAGGAGGAGCUAGUGAGCCAAAUGGGGGAGCUCAAGGAGUCCCUACAAACCACUCUCAACACCAUAGUGCACGCCCAACAGGAAGAGUUUGCCAGCUUCAAGGCUCAAGUAUGGGAAGCAUUGGCCAAGAUGGAGGCUCGCAUUGAUGAGGUACAAGCGGAUUGGGUAAUGUGUAGGAGGGCAGCGGCUGGGGGAGCCACUACCUCGCGUGAGGUACCUAGGGUGGAGGUACCAAAGCCCAAGCCAUUUGAUGGGAAGAGAGAUGCGCGGGAAGUCGACAACUUUGUGUGGCACAUGGAGAGGUACUUCGAGGCGAUGGCACUCGAGGACGAGGCGACUAAGGUGCGGACCGCAACACUUUACCUCACCGACACAGUAACUCUAUGGUGGCGAAGGAGGCAUGCCGACAUAGAAAGAGGUACGUGCACCAUAGACUCCUGGGAUGAGUUCAAGAAGAAAUUAAAGAAGCAAUUCUACCCAGAAAAUGCUACUUACUUGGCUAGAAAAAGCCUUAAAAGGCUGAAACACACUGGGUCUAUUAGGGAUUACGUCAAGGAAUUCUCAACACUUAUGCUUGAGGUCCCUAGUAUGACCGAUGAAGAACUUCUCUUCAACUUCAUAGAUGGUCUCCAAGGUUGGGCCGUGCAAGAACUACAACGUCGAGGCGUGCAAGAUCUUGCUUCGACCGUAGCAGCAGCGGAGUCAUUGGUGGAGUUCAGGAGAGAAGAUAAUGCUAAGGCCAAGAAGAGCAAUGGAGGAAAUGGUGGGGGAGAGAAAGGUCCCAAGAAAUACCCUCUCAAGGAAGGAAGUAGUAAGGCUACUACAAGCAAGGAGGGUAAGGCCAAGUUUGACAAGAAGGAUAAGUUCACUCCAAGGGACAAGUGCUUCUUGUGUGACGGGCCACACUGGGCUAGGGAUUGCCCCAAGAGGAAAGCUCUCAAUGCCCUAUUGGAGAAGGGUGAAGAGGAAGCACACAUGGGGUCUCUACAACAACUGGGUGCUAUCAAGGCCAAGGCGACGAAGGUCAAGGCCACUACCUCUCAGAAGGGGCUUAUGUAUGUGGAGGUACACAUCAAUGGGAAGCCCUCGCGAGCUAUGGGAGACACAGGUGCCACACAUAAUUUUGUCUCAAUGGAGGAGGCAAAGAAGCUUGGACUAAAGGUGUCCAAGGAGGGAGGAUGGCUUAAGGCGGUUAACUCCCAAGCUCGUCUCAUUGAAGGUGUCGCUCGAGGGGUCGAGAUGAGCAUCGGGACGUGGAAAGGCACCGUGGACUUGUCGGUAGUGCCUAUAAAUGAUUUUCAAGUGGUGUUGGGUAUGGAGUUCUUAAGGAGGGUCAAGGCUAUACCCAUGCCAUUCAUCAGCACCGUGUGCAUCAUGGAAGAAGGUGCACCAUGCAUGGUCCCAACGGUGCAAGGGACCAAAGAAGGCCCCAAGCUACUCUCAGCCAUGCAGUUGGAGAAAGGGGUCAAGAAGGGGGAAGACACCUACCUUGCGGCAUUGCUUGAGGAGAAGGAGAAUAGCUCUACGGAGGUGUUGCCCAAGCCAGUGGAGAAGGUCCUUGAGGAGUUCAAGGAUGUCAUGCCACCAGAGCUGCCAAAGAGACUUCCACCUAGGAGGGAGGUGGAUCAUGCGAUCGAGUUGGAGCCCGGUGCCAAGCCACCAGCCAUGGCACCUUAUCGAAUGUCACCGCCAGAGUUAGAGGAACUAAGGAAGCAGCUGAAGGACUUACUUGAUGCUGGGUUCGUCCGCCCAUCCAAAGCUCCAUAUGGCGCCCCAGUUCUCUUUCAAUGGAAGCAUGAUGGGUCACUUCGGCUAUGCAUCGACUAUCGAGCAUUGAACAAGGUAACCAUCAAGAACAAAUACCCCAUUCCUUUGAUAGCUAAUCUAUUUGAUAGACUCGGUGGGGCAAGGUACUUUACGAAGCUAGACUUGUGGUCGGGCUACUAUCAAGUCCGCAUCGCUGAGGGAGAUGAAGCCAAGACCACAUGUGUGACACGGUACGGCUCAUAUGAGUUCUUGGUUAUGCCCUUUGGCCUCACCAAUGCACCAGCCACAUUUUACACAUUGAUGAACAAGGUCUUCCAUCCCUACCUCGGCAAGUUCGUGGUGGUGUACUUAGACGACAUCGUGAUCUAUAGUAACACCCUAGAGGAACAUGUGCAACAUCUAAGGAUUGUCUUCAAGGUGCUGAAAGACAAUCAGUUAUAUGUUAAGAAGGAGAAAUGUUCUUUUGCCCAAGAGGAGGUGAUGUUCCUAGGGCAUAAGAUUGGGGGUGGGACACUAAGGAUGGACGAGAGUAAGGUGCGGGCUAUACAGGAGUGGGAGGCACCUACAAAGGUUACCGAGCUAAGGUCUUUUCUUGGCCUGGUGAACUACUAUAGGCGGUUCAUUCAAGGGUAUUCAAAGAGGGCAGCUCCACUCACCGAUCUUCUAAAGAAGAACAAGGCAUGGGAAUGGUCAGACUCAUGCCAGGAUGCCUUUGAUGAUCUAAAGAAGGCCAUCAUGGAGGAACCAGUGCUUGCCUUGCCCGACUAUGGCAAGCCAUUCGAGGUGCAUACGGAUGCAUCCGACUUUGCAAUUGGAGGGGUACUGAUGCAAGAAAGAUACCCCAUUGCAUAUGAGAGCCGCAAGCUCAACGACACGGAGCGGCGUUACACCGUCUACGAGAAGGAAAUGACCGCGGUGGUACAUUGCCUAAGAACAUGGCGACACUACUUGUUGGGGUCGAGGUUCGUCGCGAAGACGGACAAUGUUGCCACUAGCUACUUUCAGACCCAGAAGAAGCUAAGUCCCAAGCAGGCUAGAUGGCAAGACUUCUUGGCGGAAUUUGACUUCGUCUUCGAGUACAAGCCGGGCAAGGCCAACGAGGUGGCUGAUGCGCUAAGUAGAAAGGUGGAGUUAGCUUCCCUUAGCCAACCGGAAGGAGAGCUCAUGGGCUUGAUCAAGGAAGGUCUACAACAUGACCCGGUGGCUAAGAGCUUACUUGCACUUGUCAAAGAAGGCAAGACACAGAGGUUUUGGGAGCAAGAUGGUUUGCUCUACGCCAAGAAGAGAAGACUAUAUGUUCCUAAAUGGAACAACUUGAGGAGAAAUUUGGUUCGGGAAUGCCACGACACCAAAUGGGCUGGUCACCCAGGGCAACGACGCACGCGAGCAUUGUUGGAAGCGGCGUACUAUUGGCCUCAGAUGCGUGAUGACAUAGAGGCCUAUGUGAAGACUUGUCUUGUGUGCCAACAAGAUAAGGUGGAGUAG